AACAAUCACAAUUGAGUCUAAAAUUUCUGUUGCUAAGUGGGACAUUUGUUAAGUGAGUUUUGCUCCAUUUUACGACCUUUUUUUUUUCUCACAGUGGUUAAGUGAAUCUUUGCAAUGGUUAAGUUAGUCACACCUUCUUUAAGUGAAUCUGGCUUCUCUAUUGCUUAUCAGAAGGUUACAAAAGGGGAUCAUUUAUGCAACCGUCAUAAAUAUGAGUUGCCAAGCAUCUGAAUUUUGUUCAGGUGACCAUGGAGAUGCUGCAAUGGUCAUAAGUAUGAAAAUAGGUCCUAAGUCACUUUUUUGGGUGCCAUUGUAACUCCAAAUGGUUGUCAGUUGAGGACUACUUGUAUAAAUUGAAAAAUCUCUGGCUUGUAAUAGCAUUUUGUGGGAUGAAAAUAUAUCCCUCAAGUCCUGAGUUUGGACUAGUUCAUCCCCUCUUCCUCCCACCCCAAAAAAACCCUAAGAAAAACCUUUUCCUGAAAACUUGGCAAAGGAGACGCUGCACAGCUGCAUGGAUUAUUUUGGUUAAGUGAAAGUCUUAAUUUUUGGAUGCUUUGGAGAGACUCUUUGUGCUGAUGGAUUUUUGUCUCGGACAAAAAAAACAACAACACAUUAACAAAAUAAUUAAACCGCCUGUCUUAAGUUUAGGGAGUUUAUUUCUAACAUUCUGGCCUGCAUCCAUUUCAAAUUCUCACGACACAAACGUCCACGUUUUGGACUGGCCUAAGACGUCUCCUGCAUUUGGGAGAACAUUUUUAUGGCUGGAAGUGACUUCGUCUCAUGAAAUAAUCAGCAGCUAAUCACGAAGGACGCCAGGGAGCCUGCUGGAUGGCGAGCUCUAAAAAUUAUUUUUUGAGGGGGGUGUGUGUCUGUGUGUGAUCGAAUGCAUUUUAAGGUGAGGUCAUCGUUGAUCCGGAGUGCAUAAUCGUAGCAUUUAAUCCUUAAAACUGUGAAAGAAGUUCAUGAAAAUAUUGAUUGAGAAGAUCCUGGAGAAAUGAGGCCAAACGAAGCUUCAUCCAUUGCUUCUCUUUGUGGGAGAUGUCGGGGUGCUCUCUUGAGUUUGGAGGUUUCAUUAGUACCAAACCAGAUUAUGGCGAACUCAACGGAACCGUUGGUGACCGAGACCCCUUCCUGACGUCUCCCGGUGCCGGUGACUUGUCUGGCCCCGUUUCCGUCGUUCCCAACGGCAGCCAGCCCGGCAGAGAGCUCGGCUUGGCUCUCAAGCAGACGGGGAAAGGCGGCAUGUUUGUCAAAGCUGGUCUGAAAACGAAGACCUUCAGCUUGAAAAACAGCCUGGACAGGAAGAACGAGCGAUGCCACGAGAGCCGAGCCAGAGACGGUCAGUCCUGGGACAAAACCGAGAUGCACCCCGUCCCCAACGGCAUCGUGGCCGACGGCUCUGAGUACCUCGCCAACGGCUGUAUCGGCAAAGGGGCGGACAACGACGGCAGCGGCUCGGAGAGCGGCUACACCACACCCAAGAAGCGGAAAGGCCGCCGCAACAGCGCCAAGGGCUGCGAGAACCUGAGCCUCGGGCAAGAGAAGGUCGUGCCGUGCAGCCCCGUCCCGGCCUUGAAGGUGGAGACGGACCCCUUCAGGGCUGACGGAGGGGACCUGAAGGCCGACACUCGGCCGGACGGCCUGAAACCCGCUUGGAAGUGUGAGCAGCCGGGCGGGCUGGGGGUGGGCCGCGGGAAGCCAAGCGGAGUUGGGGACAUGCUCCGGAAGGCAGCAGAGGCCAAAGUCGGACAGGCUGGCAAAAAGUUUGAGGAGCGUCCCAAGGGGAAGCACGUCUUGGUGUCGUCCUCAAAGGAAGAUUCUUGGACCCUGUUUAAGCCGCCCCCGGUUUUCCCCGUGGAUAACAGCAGCGCGAAGAUCGUUCCCAAAAUCAGUUAUGCAAGCAAAGUGAAAGAGAACCUCAACAAGGCGGCUCCUUCUCUGUCCUCCUCCUCCUCUUCUUCCUCCUCCUCCUCCUUGUGUUCGUCUUCUGCGGGCGAGGUCCAGGUCCAGACCUCCAACCGCCUCUCCCAGGUCCCCAUGUCCGCCAUGAAGUCUGUUACAUCGGGCAGCUUUUCCAACGGGCCCAUCUUGGCCGGGGCUGACCGUGGGGUGUGUCCAGCCGGGGUCCAGGCCCUGCUGGUGCCAGCUGCUAGUACUGUCCUUUCGGCUUCUUCCAAACUGGCACCUCAGGACGCCAGUCACUCUGCGGCCGCCAUGGACCCGCAGAAGUCGAGUCUUUUCAUCUACCCGUCAAACAUGCACGGCCUGUUCAGCGUGGCGGCCCAGGCCGAGUCUCCAUUCAUGGCCACGCAGCAAAACCUAGGCGAUAUCUUCCAGAACCAGUGGGGGUUAUCCUUUAUAAACGAGCCCAACGCGGGCCCGGAGACUUCGCCCAGGAAGCCAACGGACACCAAGGUGGCCGAGGUGACUUUCCAGGGGCCUUGCCCCGCCAUGUCGGUUCCUCAGGGGGCUGAGACAUCUUCCGCUGGACCUGAACAGCCGGCCUUCCCCAAGGCCUACGAGCUGGCCAAACGGACUAGUCCCCAGCUGUUGGGCGGACUCUUAAAGAUGGGGGCCGCUGGGGAGGAGAGCGACCUGCUGUUAGAGCCUCAUUUGCCUGGGGUCCUGCCCCAGGCUGAGUUGGGGGGCCCGGGAGCCUUUGUGUUCCUCGCCAAGGACUACCACGUAGACAGUCACCUGUCUUCACCUACGAACACUUUGUUAGUCUCCACCAAAGAGCAGAAGCGCCCCGGCAGCCUAGAACGGAAAGCCAGCUGUGGGGAGUUUGACCUGCGGGCAGCUGUUCUAUAUCACAUCCAAGAAAUGGAAUCUAUUUGUAAUUUGCAAAAGCGAGACCCAAAACGGAUAAUCACUUACACCGAAGCCCUGGACACCCCCAGCACCUGAACAGCAGCCGACGGUUUCCGCUGGGCCCGUGGCCAGCCCCGUGGCCCAUACCCGAAGGGGUCGCUGGGCCUCUCUGGUCAUCUGAAUCCGAACCGCAGGAACAUCCCUUCACGUGUGUGUCCGUGUGUAUACCGAUGCACACCCGCAUAACACAAUCCCUAUUCUGGGCUUGACGAAACUCUCUACCAAGCUGGCAGAGACUCCCCUGUGAUUAUUUAAACCCCCACUUCCGAAUGUCCGGACCUUUCCCCAUUUCUCGGUUUUUUUCCUCUCCCCUCCCCACCGCCUGUUUCAUUUUUAUUUUAUUUUCCUUUUUGUUUUUCCUCCCUCCUGUUAAAAUGAAACCAGAUGUGGGUAGAGACUUAGCUUGUCCCGUAGCUCUUGAGCAUCGCGAGCAGAAGCGUGUCAGGUUUUUUGUCGUCGUGUUUUCGGGGGGCCUUCGCAAUCAUUGGUCACACACUAACCAGGAGGAAACGCUUCCGCACCCCGCUUUUUUUCACUGGGGGGGGAGAAGGAAUUCAUCCUGGAUCUUCGCGUCUUCCCACCACCCUGGCGAAAAAAAGGAAGGAAAAAGAAAAAAGUGGAAAUUCAGACAUUUGCCAAAUUAGCGGGUUUCCCUUUUGGGGUGCGGUGGGGGCGAUGUUUUCGCGAAGAUACGUCCACCCUUCGAAACCCUCGACCGUGGUUGGUGGGGUGGGGGUGAGGAAGGGACUUUUGUUUUUUUUUAAAUACGGUAUCCAGGGUUGGGGUAUGAGUGUCUGUCUGUGUGGCGAGAGCGAGAGUACGAAUGCACUCGGUGGGGGCUCCUUCCAUCCUUUUUAACGCCGGGAUUCCCCCGGGAUCAGGCCAAAAAAAAAUACCUGGAUCUAUUAUGAGUUUGGCUGGCGAUUCUUUAGCAGGGGGUUCAAAGCAUUUUUAUUAUUAUUAUUUUUUUGCUAACGGUGUGCAUUGCCUUGAAUGUGAGGAGACACACACACCGAUGCAUGUGGCAACUGGUAUGGAAGUUAAUUUAUCUCCCUCCCUCCCUCCCUUCUGGGGGGGGGUGUCUCCCUCUCACUCACCCACUUUCCAGCCUGCUUUCUCACUAUGGUGGUAACUCUGGACCGCUCCCGCCCUACCCCUCUUGGAGGGAGGGGUCUUCUGAGGAGGGUCUCCGGAUUUCCAUUUUAUGGCCUCUAUUGUUCUGACCCGUUCUUGUUCCCUUGCGAAAGCAGAAGGGCGAAGUUGGGGUGGCUGGCACCAAAAUCAGUUUUUUUAAAAUAAAUAAAUAAAUAAAUAAAAAUACUUCGGGUUAUGGAGCAGGCAGGGUUUGGGGGUGAGGGGUGGGCUUGGGUGCAUCCACAGCUGCAGCCAGGUCUUUGGGGGGUGGUCUUGAAUUAGAAACUGUUCUCCCCCCAACCCCCAGUCAGGAUUUCACAAGACAAUCCCCAGAUGUGGCAGGACACUACAGUAGUUGUGGGGGGGGAGGCCUGGGGGGGUACACAUUUGGAUCCCAUGAAGCUCUUUCUGGGUGGGUGGGGUUUCUUGAUCUCUCAAGUGUGGGGAGGGUCUGCCACUGUUUGAAACUUUCGGGCUUUGCGCCUUUUAACGCCUCUCUGAAAAUGGGAAAAUGCUUUUAUUUUGCUAGGAUUUAACUGCUGAUCUUAUUACUUCUCGCCCUGCGUCCUGCCCCCCACUCUCCUGCUGCCCCCCCCCCACCCCACCCCAGGAUUCAGUUGAGUAGGUGGUCCUUUCAUUUUUGCAUCAUGGCGGACCCAACUCUGGUCCUUUCCCUGCCUGAAAAAUCAUACCUGUUUUUCCCGUUCCUCAAAUAGAUCUUAAUUAUUAUCCCGUAUUAAGACUGGGGGAGGGGGGGGCUUUUUCUGAUCUGUUCCUUCUUGAUUAUGGACGAAAUACUCUUUACCCCUCCCUUAUGCGUAAAGGUCCCUUGUUUUUAAACUUUCCUCUAUUAUUAUUACUAUUAUUGGGGUUUUUUUUUUUCUUUUGGAAAAUCCUUUAGCCAAAGCCUUGGCCGCUUAUUAAACAGAAACUCUUCUUUUAAACCUUUUCCUCUUCUCAGUUGGAUUUUGUUUUAAAUAAUUGGGGCGGGGGGGGACGGAAGAGCAAUUCAGUGGAGCUGUGAAUGACGGUGGCACAUGAAAAUAAUGUAUAGAAGUAUACAUAUAUAUAUAUAAAAAUAUAUAUAUAUUUUCUUUUUUUGCUCAAGAGUAUUAGUACUGUAGCAUAAACCAAACCGGGGCAGACGUGGGGAUGACAGGGAGUGGGGUGGGGGGGUCUGUACCUUUUGGGGAGGGGGUGGGGGGGCUCGCCUGCAGGUUUGCUGGGAACUUGCCGGCGCCCGAGGCCACGAUUCGAAACCUGUUACCAGCUUCUGGUGCUCUUUAAGGGUGGGACUUUGGUCCACUCUUAACGGAAAACAAUUUGAGGAUGUGUGCAAUAUUAUUAUUAUUUUUUGUCCUGUAAAGCAGGGGUCUCCAACCCUCAGAAACUUUUAAGACUUGUGGACUUUAACUCCCAGAAUUCCCCAGCUCGCAUAACAGCCUGGCCCCCUUCAUUUAUACAGCUAGACCUCGACUUCUUUUAGUGACCGUUCAAAGUUACAACGGCACCGGAUAAUGACCCAUGUUUCACAGGUACGACCACUUGCGGCGUCCCCGCAGUCAUGUGAUCAAAAUCCUUGACGCUUGGCAACCGACUCGUACUUACGACGGUUGCUGUGUCCCCUGGGGUCACGUGAUCCUCUUUUGUGACCUUCUGAUGAGCAAAGUCAAGGGAGCCAGAUUUCGCUUAACAACUGCAGGUUACCAGUUUAACAACUGGUGUCAGUGACUCGCUUAACAACAGUGGCCAGAAAGGUCGUCAAACGGGGUGUGACUCCCUUAACAAAGGUCUCGCUUAAUGACAUAAAUUUGGGCCUGAAUUGCGGUCAUAAGUUGAGGACUGCCUGUAUUGGCACUGCCACCCUCUAGUCCCUAACUCAGGGCUUGGCAACGAUGCCAACUUUACAACGGGCGGACUUCAAUUCCCAGAAUUCCUGAGCCAGCCAUGCUGGCUGGCUCAGGAAUUCUGGGAAUUGAAGUCCGCCCGUUGUAAAGUUGGCAUCGUUGCCCAUUCCUGCUCUAGCUGUUGACUGGGACCAAUGCCUCCCUAACAUAGCUUAUUAAUUUGCUUUUCCCUGCCUGUAUUUUUAAGGGAGAGGAAAUCCAUCUAGCAUUUUAAACUAAAGAUUUAGCGCAGGGAAUCGAGGCAGCCCAUUUUAUGAUCGCGGCAAUCCUCCUUUUCCACAUGCAUACGAAGGAGGAGCUCAAAACAUGCUGGCAUCUCUCGAUUCCCGGUGCCACUUGGGACGUGGUGGGGGUUUCGGGCAUCAUUUUUAACGGAUUGGCACCCUGGAGUUUCCCAGAAGCUCCUUUGGCCGAGUGGGGGGAAGCCCUCGGGGGUCUCAAAACACAUUCAAAAAAAGCAUUGGAUUUCCGUGAACAGAACUGUCCGUCAAUCCGUGUGCCCGUUUAUGAAAAGUGCCAGCCUUUCUAGGAAGCCCAUUGCCCAAUCAAGGCUUGUGUUGUGUUUUGUGUGCCACGUUAAGUCAAAUCAAAAACGGAGGCCACCUUUUUGUGUGUCUCUUUCCCCCCCCCCUUUCCGAGAACGGUUGCUGAUGCUUUUUGUGUCUCUCUCCUGAGUGUGUUUCGGGGACGCUGUUGAAGCCAAUUUUGCACACCCAACACGGCUCCCUCAAAGACCCCCAGGCCUGGGCUCUCCCCCCCUCUUUUUUUUUCUGUGCUUCUUUCACCCCUUCGCUCCUCUUUUAAAGGGUAGGCUGGUUAUAAAUGGGUCUGAUUUUUUUUUUCCUGCGCGCCGAGUUCAAAUCCUGACGAGUUUGGCUUGGUUUGUGCCAAGUUUAAUGCAACCUUCGGCCACUUCCAACUCCAAAGAAUUCCCCAGACGGCACGAAAGAGAGAGAGAGAGAGAGAUGGUCCAUCAUGUAAAUUAAAAAAAAUGGCUGGCUGGGGAAUUCUGGGAGUUGGAGUCCACGGGGCUUAAAAUGGCUGAGAUUGUGGACACCCCUGGCUUGUGUGAAGGAGCGAGUAAAACGUCCUUUUGCAAGGUUGUGUGCAUGCAAACGACACCCUUAACACUGAUGCAUGGAGUAAACUUCUUUCUCACAAGGGCCUGUCUUGAGUUCCUGGCCUUUUUCUCUUGGUCCACCCCCCCCCUCACUCAAAAUGCACCUAAUUCUCCAGAUGUGGCUUUUGGGGGGUGGGCUUUAAGAAGCUUAAUUUCACCUCCCUAUUUUUCUCUCUCUGGAAUAGCACUCAAUCUGCCCUUUGGGUCCAACGCUUUGAGAUCCAGGGAUUGGAUCUCUCACUUGCGGCCUCGGUUUGUUUUGGGGGUGCUCCCAUCCCUCCUGCCAGACACCCCCCACCCCCCCCCCCUUGAGAUGCGUGGAAUCUGCACCCUUCUUUGGGGCUUUCAAGCGCGCCCCGAUUUUCCUCACCUGGGUGGCAGGACGCAGGAUUUAUUUCUAGCUACUCUCAAAGAGCAUGCAGCCUCUUUUCCCCCUGUGACCGGCUGCACAGACUCAAGCCGCCUUUCGUUGCAAGUAAUGCGUGUGAGGUUUGGCUGCUGCUGGCAAACAUCUCUUUCCUUUGGGGUGGGUGGGUUUGUGGCGGAAAACAGACGUGCUUGCUUCGGUACCAAAUUCGGGAGGGACGAAGGGGGCAUCGGGGUCGGCAAACGAAGGGACUCUUCCUGGCACGGAGAGAUGCAGGGAAAAAUGCUUCUUUGCAUGUGUUCUGCAUUUUUUUUUUUCUAGCUGCAGAAACACAUUGCGCUUCUCAAGGUAGCAAAAAUGGAUUGUGGAGGGGCAAGACAGGAGGCCAGGUUUUCAGUGCAGGACCCAGAGCCCUCGCCUCUGUGGGGCUGGGAUUCGCGGCGUUUUUAGUCCCUCCCCACGCACCAAAGCUUGAUUGACUCUUCUGUCCACCAGGACCCCCAGGUGUGGGGCAAGCCUGCCGGAGUUGCAGCCCUGCAGGGCGUUUCCUCCAACCCAGGACCGGGGAGAGCCAAAGCCCCCUUUUCCCUUUUUUUCCCUUCCUCCUUCGUUCUGAAUUCUCCUCCACGAUAGCGCUUCAGUGCUUAACCGUUUUUUUUUUAAUAUCUAUUUUAAUGAAGAAAAAAUAAAAUAAAUCCCAGUGGGCAGAGAUGUGUGUAGAACAAAUAAAUUAAAAGAGAGAUGCUACAUAAUGUAAAAUUGUUGAUUAAAAAAAAAAAUUAAGUUUC